CUCCUCUUCCCCUGCUCCAAAACCUCUCUGUGUCUCUUCCUCUCUAGUCUCUUCCCUCCUCCAUCCUCCCUUCUUCCACCCAAUCUUCUUUCUCCCCCCCCUCGACCACCAUGUCCGCAACUUCAGUCUUCCAGUCCCUCUCCGUCGCCGAUGCCUCCCUUACAUCUCUCCCCACCAUCGUCACUACCAAGAAACUCAGCCACCGACUUCGCCCUUUGGCCUCCUCCCUCCGCUUCACCUCCCUCAACCUCCACACACCUUCCCUUUCUCUCAAGAGGAAUCACUAUGGGGUCGGGUUCGUAGCUAGUGCCUCCGACUGGGCUCAGCAGCAGGAGGUUGUGGCCGCGGAGGAGGAGGAGGCUGCCCCGGGUGAGGAGGGAGAGUUCCAGUGGGGAGAGGAAGGAAUGGAGACGGAGGCGACGGUGUCGGAUUGGGAGGGCGAGAGCGGAGCAGAGGGUGGAGAUUUCGAAGGAGAGGAGGUUGGUGAGUCGGGUGAGGAGGGUGGGUACUUGGAGGACCAGUACCAGGAGCCUCCAGAAGAGGCGAAACUCUUCGUUGGGAACCUGCCUUAUGAUAUAGACAGCGAGAGGCUAGCGCAGGUGUUCGAGAAGGCUGGGAUUGUGGAAGUUGCAGAGGUAAUUUACAAUAGAGAGACUGAUCAGAGUCGCGGUUUUGGGUUCGUUACGAUGAGUACGGUUGAAGAAGCAGAGAAAGCGGUGGAAAUGUUUCAUCGUUAUGAGCUCAGUGGGAGGUUCUUGACAGUUAACAAGGCAUCUCCCAGAGGAUCCAGGGCUGAGCGUCCUCCUCCUCGAGAAUUUGAGCCCUCAUUUAGAAUAUAUGUUGGGAACCUGCCAUGGCAAGUAGAUGAUGCACGACUGGAGCAGGUCUUUAGUGAACAUGGGAAGGUUGUGAAUGCCAGGGUUGUUUGUGACAGAGAAAGUGGACGGUCACGUGGAUUUGGAUUUGUUACAAUGUCGUCAAAGAGCGAACUUGAUGAUGCCAUUGCCGCUCUAGAUGGACAAAUUGUGGAUGGGAGGGCCCUCAGAGUGAAUGUGGCUGAAGAUAGGUCAAGGAGAAGCUCCUUCUGAUCACCUAGAACUUGGUUCUUUUUUUUUUUGGAAAUUGAUGUAGCCUUCAUCCAGCAAAUAGGUGUUCAUUAUUAUUGCAUGGUCUCUCUUUUUUCUCUUUCACGGUCUUUCGGUUGAGUUUUCACUACUUUAAUUUAAUAUGGUUGAGUUCAGACCAGGGAUGUACUACUUAAAGAGGAAGGUCCAGCUUUUAUUUUUUUCACCUAGAUUUGUUUUCUGCUUUACGAUUAUGUUGCUAGAAGUGAAUGUCAGGUGAUGAAGGGGUUCCUUUUCCAUGACAUGCAUCUGUAAGCAAAAACAAAGUUGGUAGCAAAACAUUCAACUACGGGAGAGCACUGUCACUUUUCUUCUAUA